AGGAGCGGCCCUGCGUCAGCGUACGGGACGCGGACGCCGUCGACAUCCGAGCUGAGGUGCGAGGAGGUGCCCUCGGCCUACGCGGCGCUGUACGCGCUCCUGGAGGCCCACGAGGGCGGCGCGGACCGCCUCGCGGCCUUUGCGAGCGGGUGCCCGGCCCUCCUCGACCCCGGGCUGCUCGGCCGCGUCGAGGAGGCGGCGGACGCGGUGGCGAGGGAGCGAGGCCGGGAGGCCGGCGCUGCCUGCCGGGAGCUGCUGCUGAAGUUCCAGUCCAACGCGUGGCGCGCGGACGGCAGCAUGUGCCUCUACGAGACGGGCUGUCGCCUGAACCACUCGUGCCGCCCCAACGCCAGGUGCUCGUUCCGCGGGGCGCGCCUGUGGACGUGAGGGCCGCGCGCAGCGUCGGGGCGGGCGAGGAGCUGCUCCCCAGCUACCUGCACGAGGAGAAGCUGGCGCUGCCGCUGGCGGAGCGGCGGCGUGCGCUGGCGGCCAGCUGGGGCUUCGCCUGCGGCUGCGCCCGCUGCGCGGAGGAGCAGGAGGCGGCCGAGGCCGAGGCGGCCGCGGACGAGGCGGCGGCGGCCGCCAGGGGUAGCGGCGAGCGCCUGCGCGGCUAGGCCGCCCCGCCGGCCCCGCUGGGCAC